AAUGAUUCAUUCACUUAUCGGACACCGCUAUCGUUUACUAUGGCUGCGCACUAGAAUGCGUGGCUCAUCUAGUUUAUUUAUUUCCACCACGUCAGCGGGUAUUAUGCUUAUAAACCUACAUCGACUUUUGCACCGUUCUUUCGGUGCCAGACGGCCGUUUUUAGCGAGUUUAUACCACACUCAGCGGGGAGUCUAUGGUUUCAGACCGAGAGAGAUUCCGGAGAAAGACGCUGGGCUUCCGCAGAUCUCCGCGCUUAACCAAGAUCACGGGCUAGCGAGACUGGUGGAGGCCUAUCGAGCACAUGGACACAAAGUAGCUCAAAUUAACCCGUUACUUCCACAAACUCCUGUGCUGGACAGCGUGCCGGAGAUCGGCCUGCUGAAUGGAGUCGUUGAUGGAGUCCUCAACACCACCGGAUUGCGGCAUUUUGGGAAAGCCGAGGCGACCUCUGAAGAGGUGUUGGCCUAUCUGGAGAGAACAUACUGUGGGAGAAUCUCAGUGGAAACCACUCAGCUCCAGAGCUUGCAGGAAAGAGAGUGGUUUGCAGACCGAUUUGAGGAGCUCAAGAAAGAGGCGUUUUCACCGGAGGAGAGGAGACAGCUGGCUAAACUGAUGCUUGAGUCACAGGAAUUUGACCACUUUUUAGCCACCAAGUUUGCCACUGUUAAACGAUAUGGAGGUGAGGGAGCAGAGAGCAUGAUGGGAUUUUUCUACGAGCUCUUCCAUUCUGCGGUGUAUAGUGGAGUGACAGACGUGGUCAUGGGAAUGCCUCACCGUGGACGUCUCAACCUCCUCACCGGACUACUGCAGUUCCCUCCAGAGCUCAUGUUCCGUAAGAUGAGGGGUCUCAGCGAGUUUCCGGAGAACUCUCCCUCUAUUGGAGACGUGCUGUCCCAUUUAACCUCCACGGUGGAGCUGGACUUUGGGGCGGGACACCCUCUCCGUGUCACUAUGCUGCCGAACCCCUCCCACCUGGAGGCCAUCAACCCUGUGACGCAAGGAAAGACUCGUGGCCGUCAGCAAGUCAAACAGGACGGCGAUUACUCCGCUGACCCUCAUGCACAACCAGGAGACAAAGUCAUCUGCCUGCAGGUUCAUGGCGAUGCUUCGUUUUCAGGCCAAGGCAUCGUAACGGAGACCUUCACCCUGUCAAAUCUCCCCCAUUUUAGAGUAGGUGGAAGCAUCCACCUCAUCGUGAACAAUCAAGUAGGCUACACCACUCCCUCAGAGAGGGGCCGAUCAUCUCUGUACUGUAGUGAUGUUGGUAUGUACAUGCCAGAGUGUGAGUGAUGUAUUUAUUUAUUU